GCCCGACAGAUGUUUGAUGCUUUGUACAAGGAGGUGAUUGUGUGGGAGUAAAUACGAUACGGAAAAGAAAACGGGAUGGUGGUUUGGAGUUCGUUGAGUACAGCUCUGUUGAGAGUAAGACCGAACAUAGUGCCAGCAACAAGUUCUGCCCUAAAGAAUUUUAACAGUGUUCCAAUAAGAUGCAUGAGUGGACAUGGCCCAAGAACAAUGCCACUUCAGCCAUCUCGUUUCCAGUGGAAUAAAUACAAGGAUUUACUACACUUUUACAUAUUCCUUGGAGCAAUACCAGUUGGUUUAAUUAUUUUCUUUACGAACGUGUUUGUUGGUCCUGCUACACUUGCAGAAAUCCCCGAAGGUUAUGAACCAAAACAUUGGGAAUAUUUCAGGCACCCUAUUACACGAUUUCUUGCACGGUACUUAUUUCCAAAUCCGCAACAAGAAUAUGAAAAAUUCCUUCAUUAUUCUUAUGAAGAGGAUGAGAAAGCCAAGAUAAGGAAACUUGAAAAAGAAAUCAAAGCCAAGAUGGCAGAGAGAAGUGAUUACCAAGCGUAUUACUAUCGGCCUGCAAUUGCUAAAUAUCACCGCAUCUCUAAAGAAGCAUCUAAUUAUCUGGAGUCUUUAAGAGGAGAUUAGUUAUUGAAGAAAUGCAGAAUUUUUUGUAGCAUAUUGCUAGUGUAUAUAUGGAAUGAUUUCUGAAUCAAUUUACUUGUACAAAUAUAUUAUUUAUAAAACAUUG